UCUCAGUCCAACGUGGUUCCUUCUGAGAGACUGCUGCAUAUUUUCUACACUUGUUUGUUUGCAGAAUUUUGCAUCAUUGUUCCCCUGUCCCAUCCAUGGAUGGAUGCAGCCCACGUCUAGAUGUUGUCCUGUGCAGUUUACGAACGGUCACGUCUUCGACAACGUCUUAUGAGGAGUUGGUGAGAGUGAUGAACUCUGAGCAGGAAAGGCCGUUUGUGUGCAGUGCCCCUGGCUGUUCUCAGCGAUUCCCCACAGAGGACCACCUGAUGAUUCACCGGCACAAGCAUGAGAUGACCCUGAAGUUUCCCUCCAUAAAGAUCGACAACAUGUUAUCAGAUCAGACGCCAACCCCAACGCGCUUCCUGAAGAACUGUGAGGAGGUGGGUCUGUUCAGCGAGCUGGACUGUUCUAUAGAACAGGAGUUCAGGAAGGCCCAGGAGGAAGAGGACAACAAACAGAACAUCUCUCUACAGAACCUCCAGAACCAGCAGCAUCACUCUCGGAUGGGGAACCAUGACAACAGCAUAGUGAUCCAGCAGGCCCUGCCCUCUCCCCAGUCCAGCUCUGUCAUCACCCAGGCCCCCUCCACCAACAGACAGAUAGGGCCUGUCCCUGGCUCCCUGUCCUCACUACUGCACCUACGGAACAGACAGAGACAGCCACUGCCUGCCUCCAUGGCUGGAAACCUGCCAGACCCCACCAUGCAAGGCUCCUCCGUACUGAUGCCUAUGGAGAGGCAGAUGGGUUCCAGUAUGAUGGGUAUGCAGGGCCCCAACCACCCCAGCUCCUGCUCUUCACCUCACGGACCCUCCAUGCACUCUGAGGCCAAACUGAGGCUGAAGGCGGCGCUCGCGCACCACCCGGGAGCCAUCGCCAACGGCAACAUGAACAGCAUGGGUCACAUGAUGGAGAUGAUGUCAUCGCGGCAGCAGCAGGAGCAGGGGAGCGGCCAUCACCACCUUCACCAGCACCUGCCGGCUCCGCUCCACAGCCACGCCUACCAGCACCACCCCCACCAGCACCACAGCGGGCACCACCACCCGCAGGGCCACAACCCUCACCACAACUCCCACCCGCCUCACCUCCACCCUGGGCACCCACACCAGACCUCCCCCCCGCCUCACCUCCACCCUGGGCACCCACACCAGACCUCCCCCCCGCCUCACCUCCACCCUGGGCACCCACACCAGACCUCCCCCCACCCUCCACUUCACUCUGGACCAGGGUCACAUUCACAGUUGUCGCCGGCAGCCCAGCAGAUGCAGCCGAGCCAGACGAUGCAGUCUCCGCCCCCUAGCGGUGGGCGCCGCAGGCGGAUGGUGGACGAGGACCCUGACGAACGGCGGCGGAAGUUUCUGGAGAGAAACCGAGCGGCGGCCACGCGAUGCAGACAGAAGAGGAAAGUAUGGGUCGUGUCACUGGAGAAGAAGGCUGAAGAGCUCACCCAGACCAACAUGCAGCUUCUGAAUGAGGUGACAGUGCUGAAGAACGAGGUGACCCAACUCAAGCAGCUCCUCCUCACCCAUAAAGACUGCCCCAUCACCACUCUGCAGAAAGACUCCCAAGGUUACCUCAGUCCAGACAGCAGUCCAGCCGGCAGCCCGGCCCCACCCUGCUCCCAGCAGCAGGUCAUCCAGCACAACACCAUCACCACCUCCAGCACAGCUGUAGGGGGCAGCACUGUGCAUAGCCUGCCCAACCACCGCACAGACAUCAACCCCAUCCACUAGAGACAAGACAGAGAGAGAUUACAGUAGCCCCAGCCCCCAACCCCUACCCCCAACCCCCAUCCCAUCCCUGGUCUAACCUCCCUUCCCUGGCUCUCCGAGGGCUGUCUGUCUGUCUGUCUGUUAGUACGGGAAGGGUGGCCUCACACGCUGCUUCUAUCUCCAGGAUCCGGUCCAGAGAAACCUCUGAGAGAAACCUCUGAGAGAAACCUCUGAGAGAAACCUCUGAGGCCUGCAGGGCUGCUCUUUCUACAGUAGCUAUAGCUAUAGUAGUAUUUUUAUAGACCUUUUUAACUCAUAUGUGUUCUCUGGGUUUGUCUGCAUUCUUAUUUGUCUUCUAUGUUUGUCUCUAUUUGUCUUUUAUUUGUACUUGAGUUAAAAGGGAGUUUUGCAAUUCAUGCAGCAUUAACCCGUGUGGCGUUUUUGUGAUGUCAUACCUCUGUUACACCGACACCGGGUCACUGUGGUGACACAGCAACGGGACAUGAGCCUCAGAACGUCACCUCUGUGACCCCCCCUAAUGUCAUCUCUAUGACUAUGUCUAUGUCCCAAAUGGCACCCAAUUCUCUAUAUAGUGCACUACUUUUGACCAGGGCCCUAUGGGAAUAGGGUGCCAUUUGGGACGAUUCUCUUGUAUGUGUGUUUGUGACUGAUGGAUGGACUAGCAGAGACUGAGUCUGAGUACCAGUGUCAGAUAUGUAUGUGUCAGAUAGUUACUGUGUUGAAGAGUGCAGUGUUCUGGUUAUAUGUGUAACAUACAGGGUACUUGAUCAGAUAGUUAGCUAGCAAGUGUGUGGGAUGCUACUGCCUCCAUGUUGUUGUUGUUGAUGUUGUUGUUUUUAACCAAGUCAAACUGUUGCCAUGAUAUGCUAUUACUUGGUUACCGACCGGAAUCUGGUGUUUCUAUUGAAUUAUGCUCUUUUUCUAGAAAGGACCAUGACUGUUACCCUACCAACCCAUCGAUGCUCUUUAGAGGGCGUUACAUGUAAUGAAAGAUAGAUUGGUGUUGAGAAUAUGUUCAAAUUGAAGCAAUACAUCCUAGUAUUGUUGUUCUAUCAGCCAUAUUGCCCUGCACUGUGACACCAGCUAGCCGAGGCAGCUCUGGAGGCUGACCCCUGACCCCUGUCUCCUCCACCCUCCUGGAGGCUGACCCCUGUCUCCUCCACUCUCCUGGAGGCUGGCCCCUGACCCCUGUCUCCUCCACUCUCCUGGAGGCUGACCCCUGACACCUCCACUCUCCUGGAGGCUGACCCCUGUCUCCUCCACUCUCCUGGACCAAGUAAAGCUUUAAGAAGAGACAUCUCCUUUAGUGUUGUUCUAGUGUUGCUACAGCCAGGCUUCUGGAAUCAGCGGCGCAUUCCAAAUGACCUGAACAUUCCAGAUAUGAGCCCUGUGCUGUCCUCUGUCUGCCUCAAUAUCUCAGGUGGGGUUGUCAUACUGUAGGUGACAUACAGUGGGGGAAAAAAGUAUUUAGUCAGCCACCAAUUGU